GCCAAAAUUACACUUUGAACCUUGUCUCUGUUCAAAGCCAAACUGUUAAAGAAGAGCACCUGAGAAAGUGAAAAACCGUUCGGUGGAGAAAAUCCGUAGAUAGACGAAACGAAGCUUCUUUCUUGGUACGUAUCGUAUGCGGUAGUGCCUCCAGUAUCUAUUUGUGAUAAAUUUUCUCUACCGAAUGUUUCAAAGCAAAGUUCACGUUUUAGUGGUUUCUAACAUCAUCCAUAACCGAGGACGAAGAUGCAGCAUGGUGGAAACAAGAGUGGGGGGAAGUCCAAUGUGUGGGCUAACGCUAAUUUGACUAAGACAAUGGCAGCUUUAGACGAGUUCAAAUCUGGAUUCCCAUCAGGCGCUUUAUCAACUGUAUCAAACAAAUGGUGGGGAAGACCAGAGAAAGGCGGACGCGAAGAUGGAGGAGAAGAGAUUACUGAAGAUGGAGAUGUCAAGGACGAGGCAGCUUCUGAGAAACAAAGUUCUUUGGUAGCUAUUAGGAAAAGAAUAGCGGAAGAAGGAAGGGAACAUGGUCUGCGUCAAGGAUUUGGUUCAAAAAAACCAGACAAGAGAGAUCAUGCCCUACUGUUUCAGAUCUUCGAGUCUUCACUGCCAAAGGAUUGGGUUACUGAUUCUUCCUAAAUUUCGUUUUAAUAUGUUUAGAACAGAGUUUCCCUCUUAAAAUCAUGCUCUGUUAUAUGCUGUAAUGCGCAAGUUCUUUAAAGCCUGCAACUAUAUACAGUACAAUAUUUGUUGUAAUCGAAAGGAUGAAGACCUUUCUGUAA